AAUGUAACCAGCGCACAAUCCUUCUCUAUGGAGUCGGCAAAGAGCGUGAUGAAGCAAGGCAUCAGCUGAAGAAGAUUACCAAAGAUAUCCUGAAAAUUCUAAACAAGAAGAGCACCACAGAGACAGGGGUUGGGGACGAAGGACAAAAAGCCAGGAAGAACAAACAAGAGACAUUUCCAACACUGGAAACUGUGUUCACUAAACUCCAGCUUCUUUCGUAUUUUGAUCAACAUCAAGUGACAUCUCAGAUUUCUAACAAUGUGCUAGAACAAAUCACAAGCUUUGCAUCGGGAACAUCCUAUCAUCUCCCUUUGGCUCACCACAUUCAGCUCAUCUUUGAUCUCAUGGAGCCAGCACUGAACAUCAAUGGACUAAUUGACUUCGCAAUACAGUUACUAAAUGAACUGAGUGUUGUGGAAGCUGAACUGCUCCUAAAAUCCUCCAGCCUGGCAGGAAGUUAUACAACAGGACUGUGUGUCUGCAUCGUGGCUGUUCUCAGGCGCUAUCACAGUUGUCUGAUCUUGAAUCCUGAUCAGACAGCCCAGGUGUUUGAAGGGUUGUGUGGUGUGGUCAAGCAUGUCGUAAACCCCUCAGAAUGUUCUUCCCCUGAAAGAUGCAUCUUAGCCUACCUCUAUGAUCUCUAUGUGUCAUGUAGCCACCUCAGAAGUAAAUUUGGAGACCUCUUCAGUGCCUGUUCAAAAGUAAAGCAAACCAUAUAUAAUAAUGUGAUGCCUGCAAACUCGAACUUGCGUUGGGAUCCGGACUUCAUGAUGGAUUUUAUUGAGAAUCCCUCAGCCCGUAGCAUCAACUACUCAAUGCUGGGCAAGAUCCUCAGUGACAAUGCGGCCAAUCGCUACAGCUUUGUCUGCAAUACACUCAUGAAUGUAUGUAUGGGCCAUCAGGAUGCUGGCAGGAUUAACGACAUAGCCAAUUUCUCCUCCGAGCUUACGGCUUGCUGCACUGUUCUUAGUUCAGAAUGGCUGGGGGUUCUGAAGGCUCUUUGUUGUUCUUCAAAUCACGUGUGGGGGUUUAAUGAUGUACUUUGCACUGUAGAUGUGAGUGACCUUUCAUUCCAUGAUUCAUUAGCUACUUUCAUUGCUAUUCUGAUAGCACGACAGUGUUUUUCCCUGGAGGACGUCGUGCAGCAUGUCGCACUUCCCUCUCUUCUAGCGGCAGCUUGUGGAGAUGCGGACGCUGAGCCCGGGGCGAGAAUGACAUGCCGACUCCUGCUUCAUCUCUUCCGAGCUCCCCAGGCCUGCUUCUUACCUCAAGCAACGGGCAAACCUUUCCCCGGAAUAAGAUCAUCUUGUGAUAGACACCUCUUAGCCGCUGCUCACAACAGCAUUGAAGUGGGAGCUGUGUUUGCUGUCUUAAAAGCAAUUAUGAUGCUUGGAGAUGCCAAAAUUGGCAAUAACAGUGUCAGCUCUUUAAAGAAUGAUGACUUCACCAUGAGAGGUUUGCGAUGUGAUGGGAAUGCUGAUGAUAUUUGGACUGCCUCACAAAAUCCAAAAUCCUGUGGGAAAAGCAUUUCCAUUGAAACUGCCAAUUUAAGAGAAUACGCUAGAUACGUACUAAGGACUAUCUGUCAACAGGAAUGGGUAGGAGAGCAUUGCUUAAAAGAACCUGAAAGAUUAUGUACAGACAAAGAACUUAUAUUGGACCCUGUGCUUUCAAAUAUGCAAGCACAGAAAUUACUGCAGCUUAUCUGUUAUCCUCAUGGCAUUAAAGAAUGUACCGAGGGGGACAACCUGCAAAGACAGCACAUUAAGCGUAUUCUUCAGAAUCUUGAGCAGUGGACACUGAGACAGUCCUGGUUAGAACUCCAGCUAAUGAUCAAACAGUGCUUGAAGGACCCUGGCUCUGGUUCUGUGGCCGAAAUGAACAACUUACUGGACAAUAUUGCAAAGGCAACAAUAGAGGUAUUCCAGCAGUCUGCGGACCUAAAUAAUUCUUCUAAUUCUGGCAUGAGCCUCUUCAACCCAAACAGUAUUGGAAGUGCUGAUACAGGUAGCACAAGACAGAAUGGAAUAAAGACAUUCCUAAGUUCCUCCGAACGCAGGGGCGUAUGGUUGGUGGCCCCCCUCAUUGCCAGGCUGCCAACUUCUGUGCAAGGAAGAGUGCUGAAAGCUGCUGGGGAAGAGCUGGAGAAGGGACAGCACUUGGGUUCUUCUUCCAAAAAGGAAAGGGACAGACAGAAACAGAAAAGUAUGUCUCUUUUGAGUCAACAACCCUUCCUCUCACUGGUACUUACCUGCCUUAAGGGACAAGAUGAACAAAGGGAAGGCCUCCUAACAUCUCUCCAAAAUCAAGUUAACCAGAUUUUAAGUAACUGGAGAGAAGAACGAUACCAAGAUGACAUAAAAGCGCGGCAGAUGAUGCACGAAGCAUUGCAACUCCGCCUAAAUUUGGUAGGAGGAAUGUUUGACACGGUGCAGAGGAGCACCCAGUGGACUACAGACUGGGCCCUCCUACUCCUUCAGAUCAUUACAUCAGGAACUGUUGACAUGCACACUAAUAAUGAAUUAUUCACAACAGUUCUUGACAUGCUGGGUGUUUUAAUCAAUGGAACAUUAGCCUCUGACCUAUCAAAUGCAUCCCCAGGGGGAUCUGAAGAGAAUAAGCGUGCAUACAUGAAUUUAGUAAAGAAACUGAAAAAAGAGCUAGGAGACAAGCGAUCAGAAAGUAUUGACAAAGUUCGACAGUUACUACCUUUGCCGAAACAGACAUGUGAUGUCAUCACUUGUGAACCUAUGGGUUCCUUGAUUGACACAAAAGGAAACAAAAUUGCUGGAUUUGACUCUAUAGAUAAAAAACAGGGUCUCCAGGUCUCUACGAAGCAGAAGGUGUCCCCGUGGGACUUGUUUGAGGGUCAGAAGAACCCAGCUCCUCUGUCCUGGGCCUGGUUUGGGACAGUCCGAGUGGACCGAAGAGUGAUCAAGUAUGAGGAGCAGCAUCACCUCCUGCUGUAUCACACACACCCCAUGCCCAAGCCCCGCAGCUACUACCUCCAGCCACUGCCCCUGCCUCCUGAGGAGGAAGAGGAAGAGCCCACAUCUCCAGUUUCUCAGGAACCAGAAAGGAAGUCAGCUGAGCUGUCAGAUCAGGGAAAAACCACAACAGAUGAAGAAAAGAAAACAAAGGGAAGGAAGCGCAAGACAAAAUCUAGCUCAAGAGUUGAUGAAUAUCCACAGAGCAACAUAUACCGAGUGCCUCCUAAUUACUCGCCUAUCUCCUCCCAAAUGAUGCACCAUCCACAGUCCACCUUGUGGGGUUACAACCUCGUGGGCCAGCCCCAGCAGCCCGGCUUUUUCCUUCAGAACCAAUCUCUUACUCCAGGUGGCUCCAGAUUGGACCCUGCAGGCUCCUUUGUCCCAACCAACACCAAACAAGCUCUGUCAAACAUGCUACAGCGGCGCUCGGGCGCCAUGAUGCAGCCGCCUUCUCUUCAUGCAAUCACAUCGCAGCAGCAAUUGAUACAGAUGAAGCUUCUGCAGCAGCAGCAGCAACAGCGGCUUCUCAGGCAAGCCCAGACUCGGCCUUUCCAACAGGGCCAGCCGGGGGACCAGGCUGCUCUCUUUGCUGCACAAGCACGGCCCUCCCCUCAGCUCCCUCAAUAUCCAGGGCUGCAGCAAGCACAGACCAUGCCCCAGGGCUAUACAAUGUACGGGACACAGAUGCCUUUGCAGCAGACAUCGCAGCAGCAGGCUGGCAGUGUGGUCUUGUCUCCCAGCUAUAACUCCAGAGCCUAUCCAGCCGCACAUUCCAACCCUGUGCUAAUGGAAAGACUCAGACAGAUUCAGCAGCAGCCGAGUGGCUAUGUUCAGCAGCAGGCCUCGCCGUACCUGCAGCCCCUGACUGGCUCUCAGAGACUGAACCAUCAGGCUCUACAGCAGAGCCCUCUGGUGGGCGGGGGAAUUGAUGCUGUGCUGACUUCUGCACAUCCAAACCUUCCCUCCGUGCCCCUGCCUCAGGAUCCCAUGAGACCCAGACAGCCGCAAGUACGACAGCAGCAGAGACUCCUCCAGAUGCAGCAGCCCCAGCAGCCCCAGCCCCAGCAGGCUCCCCAGCCCCAGCAGUCCUCGCAGCCCCAGAGUCAAACCCUUGGUCUCCAAGCAAUGCAGCCCCAGCAGCCCUUGUUUCCCAGGCAAGGCUUGCAGCAGACCCAGCAGCAGCAGCAGACGGCCGCCUUGGUGCGGCAGCUCCAGAAGCAGCUUUCAAGCAACCAGCCACAGCAAGGAGUGACUCCAUAUGGGCAUCCUUCACACUUCUGAAUCUGCAAGAGGAGAAGACAUGAUGUUUUAUGUUUGCACUGAAAAACAGAAAAUCAAAUUUAAUGCAUUAGUCAUCUUAAAAAUGUCCCUUUGUUUUAUCAUUUCUUUGACAUUUUACUGUAUUGUAUGCUACAUCUCACACACAUACCCAAAAAAAAAGGUGUUUAAACAAAAAUCCAAGGAGAAGUUAUGGUUUGAUUUUGUUGAACUCACCUUUAAAGUAGGUUUACAAAUGUGAACCAUGCAGGCAGGCCUACUCCCGGAAGAGUGUGCUAGCAGACCUUUUG